GGCACUGGGGAUUAGGUCACCCAAGAACUAUGAGCUGUCGCUUUAAAUUGCUGGGCGUCUGCCGAGCCAGGCCCGGGUAGGGAAGGGGGCCUGUCACAGGAGGCUGUGUGGGAGGUAUCCUGCAGACCAUGAACUGAGCGCUGGCCCCAGACCGCUCAUGAGCACAGCGUGAGGCGUGCCAAGACCACCGCCCAGCGAUCCCCUCCGCUUUCUAGCACUGAGGACCCCCAGAGAAGAUGGGGAGGAAAAAGAUUCAGAUCCAGCGAAUCACCGAUGAGCGGAACCGACAGGUGACGUUCACCAAGCGGAAGUUCGGGCUGAUGAAGAAGGCCUACGAGCUGAGCGUGCUGUGCGACUGCGAGAUCGCCCUCAUCAUCUUCAACCACUCCAACAAGCUGUUCCAGUACGCCAGCACCGACAUGGACAAGGUGCUGCUCAAGUACACGGAGUACAACGAGCCCCACGAGAGCCGCACCAACGCCGACAUCAUCGAGACCCUCAGGAAGAAGGGCUUCAACGGCUGCGACAGCCCGGAGCCCGACGGGGAGGACUCGCUGGAGCAGAGCCCGCUGCUGGAGGACAGGUGCCGGCGGGCCAGCGAGGAGCUGGACGGGCUCUUCCGGCGCUACGGGUCAGCUGUCCCGGCCCCCAACUUCGCCAUGCCCGUGACGGUGCCCGUGUCCAACCAGAGCUCACUGCAGUUCAGCAACCCCAGCGGCUCCCUGGUCACCCCCUCCCUGGUGACGUCAUCCCUCACGGACCCACGGCUCCUGUCCCCCCAGCAGCCAGCACUGCAGAGGAACAGCGUGUCCCCCGGCCUGCCCCAGCGGCCAGCCAGCGCAGGGGCCAUGCUCGGGGGAGACCUCAGCAGUGCGAAUGGAGCCUGCCCCAGCCCUGUGGGGAACGGCUACGUCAGUGCCCGGGCCUCCCCUGGCCUGCUCCCCGUGGCCAAUGGCAACAGCUUAAACAAGGUCGUCCCUGCCAAGUCUCCGCCCCCACCCACCCACGGCGCCCAGCUCGGAGCCCCCAGCCGCAAGCCCGACCUGAGGGUCAUCACGUCCCAGGGAGGAAAGGGGUUAAUGCACCACUUGACUGAGGACCAUUUAGACCUGAACAACGCCCAGCGCCUCGGGGUCUCCCAGUCCACGCACUCACUCACCACGCCAGUGGUCUCCGUGGCAACGCCGAGCUUACUCAGCCAGGGGCUCCCCUUCUCCUCCAUGCCCACUGCCUACAACACAGAUUACCAGUUGACCAGUGCGGAGCUGUCCUCCUUGCCAGCCUUCAGCUCGCCUGGGGGGCUCCCUGGCAGCCCGCUGCCCCACGUGGGUGCUGCCCUCACCGUCACCACCCACCCCCACAUCAGCAUCAAGUCGGAACCGGUGUCCCCAAGCCGUGAGCGCAGCCCUGCGCCGCCCCCUCCAGCUGUGUUCCCGGCUACCCGCCCGGAGCCUGGCGACGGCCUCAGCAGCCCAGCUGGGGGCUCCUAUGAGACGGGGGACCGGGACGACGGCCGGGCGGACUUCGGGCCCACACUGGGCCUGCUGCUCCCGGGAGAGCAGCGAAAGAAAGAAAGAGGCAUCGAAAUUCCUGAAUGGAGAGACAGCUGCUACGUCAUCAGCAGAGCUGCCCCCUCCGCCCGCGGGAGGCUGGGAGCCGGCGGAGAGGCAGCCAGCGGCAGCGGCCGCCGCAGCCCGUCCUCAUGGAAGCCCGCUUCCCACCUUGGCGGCCGCGUGCUGCACCCCGCCCCCUUUCCUGCGCACGAGCGUCAGAGCCGCCUCCAGCACCACGGACAGCUCCGGGGCGGUCCAGCGGCCGGAGCCCGGUUCCUGGAGCCCUGGCUAGACGUGGCUGACCUGAGAGUUCAGCUGGCCUGGGGCUACAAGGGCUCCCAGGCAGCCUGA